CUAAAAUUACAUUAAUUUUUUGAACUUUAAUCAUAGUUCCUGAACACUUACAAUAGAAGUAUAAUACAUAAUAUCGACUCAUUCGUAACUCCCUGCUAUAACUUGAAAACAAUAAUGUUACAACCAAUAAAGCAUGUUUUAAAUCAGAAGCGGAUUAUUCUCGCGAGUGGUUCACCAAGGAGAAAAGAAUUGGUCGAGAAUAUUGGCCUAAAAGCAGAGCUUUGGCCCUCACUAUUUGAAGAAAACUUGGACCCGAGAUCCUUCAAGACCUUCUCAGCUUUUGUGGAAGAGACGGCUCUGCAGAAAGUACUCGAAGUAGAGGCUAGAGUGAUAGCCCAAGGGACACUUCCCGACGUUAUUAUAGGAGCUGAUACUAUGGUGACAAUGGAUGGCAACAUGUUUGGUAAACCAACCUCAGAGUCAGAAGCUUUUGAUAUGUUAAAAAGUCUUUCAGGUCGGAGUCACACUGUGUUCACGGGAGUGGUAGUGAAGCUGCCCAACAGAGUCGUCAAGUUCACAGAAACAACAAAUGUGAUGUUUGGCCAGCUAGACGAUGAUCAGAUCAAAGGUUACAUUGCUACAGGAGAACCAAUGGACAAAGCUGGAGGCUACGGUAUACAAGGCGUGGGCGGUACGUUCGUAGAGCGCGUGGAAGGGGACUAUUUCACGGUAGUGGGCCUGCCGCUGUACCGGCUGUGCUCCGUGCUCUACGACCUGUUCAAGGACAUAGAGGAGAUUAAAUAAAAGCUUCUUUAGCCAUUUUGGGCACUUUUGACAUGGUAAAAUAGCAUUGAACUAAUAUGAGCACCAUAUACAUGAUAUACA